CUUAUAUUGAUUAAUCGAUUUAAAUUCAAUUAUUCAGUUCACAUAAGCCGCGCUUUAUACGUACACAAGGAUGUCAGUGGGAUUAACAGUAAAGUUAAGAUUUGUUAAAUUUAUUUUCGAAUACAUGUUUUGCUCUUAAAUUAUAUUGUACUAAUACAUGAUCUAAUAGAUUUGUUAGAACUAAGUUUCGAAAAUUCAAAGUCAUAAUAGUUAUAACCUGAGUGAGUUGAAUGCACCACUUAAAAAUCAAAUGAAUUAUUUUGUUUUUUAAUUUUCUUAAAAAGUUUGAUGUCACAUCACACAGUAAAGUUGGUAGCAUGCUUCUGUUAACUGUUACUGAUAGACAGAUAGACGUGUCUACACGCGUUUAUGACGCGAACUGGUUGAGUGAUAACUCAUUAAUAACGAGUUACCUAUGUUAUCAAAUAUCAACUAACAAAUUGAAAUUUGAAAUAGAAAGUAAAUAAUAAAUGUUAAGCUUAUUGAAUCAUCUAGAUCUUUAAUUCUAAAUAAUAUUUAAGUCAAUAUUGUAGACACUCGUGUUCUAUUAGGAAUUAAUCGGAGAACUUCAAGUGAUGGCGCCCCAAAAAGGUAAAACCGGCACUAAAGGCCAAAAACAAAUAUUUGAAGAGAAUGAGGCCACAUUGAAGUUUUAUAGAAAUAUGAUUGGAGCAGUAAGCGCUAUAUACAUUAUAGUCCAAUUGGCUUUUGGAAAUGUUUUUUCUCUUACAAACAUUUUUUUAUAUGCUCUUGUUGUAGCAUCACACGGUGGUAGCUAUAAAUUCAUGGCAUAUAUGUCAGCUGCUAAAUUUACUGAAAAUGGUCAGUUAUUAGAUGCUGGUACAGAUCUCAACAUGGAAGGAGGUUUAGCCGAGUAUACAAAGGAUUUGAUUAUAUUGACAUCAGGAUGUCAAUUAUUAUCACUUAUUUCUAAUUACUUUUGGCUUCUGUGGCUCCUAGCACCUGGUCAAGCAUUCUGGAUAUUAUGGAAAAACUUUUUAGGACCUUAUUUUAUGCAGAAAGCACCAGAAGAUAAUUCACCAGAAAUAAACGAGAAAAAACAAAAGAAAUUGGAAAGGAGAAAAAAACGGCAGCAAAAUGUACGCUUUUAAUGAUUUUGAUUAGUAAACUGAGCUUAAUUAUUAUUAUUUUAA